AUGGCGAGCUCCUCCGUGUCCACACUCGAGCACGGACCAAGCACAAGCUCUGUCUACGUGCUGGUGGAGGACGUGAACGACCACCACCCGCUGAGCUCGUGGCCCGUCUACUGGCCCGGCGUCUCCGAGAACUCUCCGCCGGACACCGUGGUGGUGACCGUCGGAGCCACGGACCCCGACCCCUCCGCCAACAUCACCUACGAGAUCUCCGGAGGGAACCCGCAGUCCAUCUUCACCAUCGACGCCAAGACGGGCGAGAUCCGGACGACGGGGCGCCAGCUGGACCGCGAGCAACACGCCGAGCACAUGCUGGAGGUGACGAUCCGCGACGGCGAGGACCCCGCCACGUCCCUCGCGUCAGUGGCCUACGUCGCCGUCAACGUCCUGGACGAGAACGACCACGCCCCGGCCUUCCUCGAGAGCCUCUACAAGUUCUCGGUGCCCAUCCUGCCGCGGCCGCCCACGCAGAAGGAGGAGUACGUCGAGGAUAUGCCCGUGGGAAGGAACGCCUCCUCGCUGGACGCGGACUACUUCCUCCCCUACGACAAUGCGAGGGUGUGGGCGUCUGUGGGCGGAAGGGUGAGGGAGAGAGAAAAGGAGGAGGAGGAGGAAGAAGACGAGGAGGGAUCCGGAGCGAUGCCUUACUCCUUGAGGGGCCUCUGGACUCCCAUUCCCCAUGUGGAGACUUUGGAGGACCAGCAGAUGGUGGAGGAGGAGGUGGAGCGGGAGUUUGUGCCUAUCUGUAGGGUCGUGGCCGUCGACGAGGACGAGGACGACAACGGCGACAUCAGCUACAGCAUCGAGGGCGACCAGUGGCUCGGGACGUUCAAGAUCCACCCCAAGACGGGCAUCAUCUCAGCCAAGUCCGGACUCAACCCCGAGGAGGACUACGAGUUCACGGUCCAAGCGAUAGACAACGGUCGCCCUCGAAACGCCAGCUCCUGCCUGGUGGUCAUCGACGUCGUGCCCGUGCCCGAGGACUCGAAGACCCCGCCGGCGAUCCUGGAGGAGGCCGAGGCGAGGGUCACGGUGCUGGAGAGUGACCCCGUGGGCCAGCACGUGACCCUCAUCAGCGCGCGAGACGAAGACGGCGACCGCGUGUGGUUCGAUAUCAUAGCUGGCGACGAGGAGUACAAGUUCGCCAUCGGGAGGGACACGGGGAGCAUCAUGUUGGCAGGCAAGUUGGACGCCGAGAAGAAGUCCCUCUACAACCUCACCAUCGGGGUCACGGACGGGGUCUACACGGUCACCAGCCAGGUGAUCGUCUCCGUGCUGGACGUGAACGACAACCGGCCGGCGUUCUCGGAGCCCACGUACGAGGUGGAGGUGGGCGAGAACACCUCCCCGGGCACCACCAUCGCCACCCUCACCGCCUCCGACCCGGACUCCGACAAGCACCUGACCUUCACGCUCGUCAACACCGCCCACGUCGCCUCCGCCUCCAAGUUCAUGGUCAGCCCGGAGAGCGGGGACGUCGUUCUGUAUGAGCCGCUGGAUAGGGAGGUGCAGGAGGUCCACAUCCUGACGGUGUGCGUGAAGGACCGCAUCAUUCCCAUCAAGAGUGACUACGCGCGCCUCAUCAUCCGCGUCAGGGACUACAACGACCACGCGCCGCAGUUCCUCGCCACCCUCUACAACGGCACGGUCACGGAGACGGCGGCGGUGGGCACGGCCGUCACGGAGGUGGUGGCCGUCGACAGGGACAAGGGCGUCAACGGGGAUAUUACGUAUUCGAUUAUCUCAGGUAACAUCGGGGGCGUGUUCAGCCUCCAUCCCUCGACGGGCAUCAUCUCCCUGGUGCGCCAAGUGGACAGACAGGUGAUGCCCGAGUACUGGCUGGCCGUGCGGGGCAGUGACAACGGAUCGCCCCCCAAGCACUCGCACGUCAAUGUCAACAUCCAUGUCAAGAUCGCUCAUGGGGCUCCUCCGAGGUUCCUGAAGAAGGAGUACGUGUUCGAGGUGAGCGAGAAGGCCCACGUCGGGGACUACCUGGGGAUCGUGGAGGUGGAGAGCCGCCUCGGUGUCGUGUUCUCUCUCAACGUGGACUCCAGGAGGAUUCCCUUCGCCAUCAACCCUUCUACAGGAACCGUGUCCCUCGACGCCCCUGUGGACUACGAGAAGAGCCAGUCCUACAACUACACGGUGUUUGCGUCGUCGAUGAACGGACAGGAGUCGACAGCUCACCUGGUGAUCAACAUCUUAGACGAGAACGACAACCCACCCUACUUCACCCAGAGCAGCUACGUGGGCCACAUUUCCGAGGCUGCCGCAGUCAACUCAGUCGUCCUGAUGGAGGAUAACACGCCCCUGGUCAUCUCUGCCAAGGACAAGGACUCGGACCAGAAUGCCAACCUGGUGUUCACCAUCUUGGAGGAGGAGGCGAGGAAGUACUUCGCCAUCGACUCCUCAACUGGUGCUAUAAGGACUGUCGGACCUCUGGAUCACGAGGUGGUGUCCAAGGUGACCUUCAGUGUUAAGGUCCACGACAACGGCCACCCGAGACUAUGUGCUUCAACCACUGCCACAGUCACGAUCACCAUCACUGACAUUAACGAUGUACCCCCUCGGUUUCUGCUGCAGGAGUACAAUGCGUCCUUACUCAUACCCACCAAUGUUGGCGUGGCUGUUGUGCAGCUCAAUGCAACCGACCUGGACUUCGAUGGCAAGGCUAAUCUGGAGUAUGAAAUCGCGGACGGAAAUAAGGACGGCAAGUUCAAGAUCAACUCGAAGACGGGGCUGAUCACCGUCAACGAGUCCAGGAAUUUGGCUGGAUUUUAUCGUCUGAAAGUGACUGUGAAUGAUGGCCAGUUCGCCUCCAGCACCACAGCCAACAUCCACGUGGAACAGAUCCCCAACACAGGCCUCAGGUUCAGCGAGGACAAGUACUUCGCCGCUGUGGAGGAGAACAGCACCCGGGUGGACAAGGUGGUGAUGGUGCACGUCCUGGGCAGCGAACUGAAUGAACAUCUGAAGUUCAGCAUCCUGAAUCCCACUGACAUGUUCGAGAUAGGAGAGACUUCAGGCGUGAUCCAGACCCGAGGGAGGCCCUUCGACAGGGAGGUUCAGGAUAACUAUCUACUCAUAGUUGAGGUCCGUAGCAUCAUCCCCAGCGUCCCCGCCCGAGUCGCCCACGUCCAAGUCCACGUCGUCGUCACGGACAGGAACGACAACGCCCCCAUCUUCGUCAACAAACCCUACUACGGCGUGAUCUCCGUGGACGCCAAGAAGAACCAAGUGGUGUUCAGGGUCCACGCCACCGACUUCGACGCCGACGAGAACCGCGACGUCCGCUACGAGCUCCAGCGGGGCAACGGCGAGCUCUUCAGCGUGAGUCGGUCCACGGGGGAGAUCAUCCUCAGGCAGACCCUCGAGGGCCUCAAGAGCGAGUAUGAGCUCAUCGUCAGCGCCUACGACGGAGGCUCUCCACCUCUCUCCUCCCAAGUCCCGGUGCGCCUGAAGGUGGUGGACAGAUCCCAGCCCAUCUUUGACCGGCAGUUCUACAGUGCCACGGUGGCCGAGGACGCAGACACCCACACGCCCAUCGUAACAGUCGUGGCCCACAGUCAACUCAAUAGGAAGCUUAUAUACACCAUUGUAGGAGGAAAUGAACACCAGACGUUUGCCAUGGAGCACGAAGAAGGUUUGAUCAGAGUGCAAGACGAUCUUGACUUCGAGAGCAAGAACACCUACCAGCUGACAGUCCGGGCCACAGACAGCUACUCGGGCAAGUGGGCGGAGGUGGUGGUGUCGGUGCAGGUGAUCGACGUGAACGACAACCCUCCAGAGUUCUUACAGCACUUCUACAACGUCACGGUAUCCGAGGCCACAGCGAUCGCCACCCCCAUCCUCACCAUAACCACGUCGGACCUGGACACAGGACCCAACGCCGGGGUCACCUACAGGCUCAUGGGACUCAAUGGGACUCUUCCCGACAACUUCUACAUGGAGGGAGACUCGGGCGUGUUGAUCCUGAAGCAGGGACUCGACAGGGAGACGGCCCCCGUUCACCACUUCCUGGUCCAAGCCAUUGACAAGGGGACGCCACCUCUCUCGUCCACGGCGCAUAUUUUAGUCACAGUGGUGGACAUGAACGACAACCCCCCAGUGUUCGAGCAGCAAGCACAGCGGUGUGUGAUAACAGAGGACGCCUCGAGGGGACACUUCGUCACCCUCGUCUCUGCCUCGGACGAAGAUGUCAGUGACGUCGACAAACUAACGUACUCCAUUGUUGAUGGGAAUGACAUGCAAGCUUUCGUCAUUGAACCCACUACAGGUAUCGUAACCGUCUGGAACAACCAAAAGCUCCAGGAGAGCAACCAGCACAUCCUCAACAUUUCCGUGACCGACGGCGUCUUCACAGCCUACUCCCGGCUCGUGGUGACCAUCUCCCCCGUGAACGCCCGCUCGCCCACCUUCAGAGUGGCUCAGUACAACGCCCGGAUCCAGGAGAAUGCCAUCAAGACCACGGUGGCUCAGGUGUCGGCCCGAGAUGACGAUUCGGGGCGCUACGGAGACGUGACCUAUCAUUUCAUCGGGGACAAAGCCCACAGUUUCUUCAGGAUCAAUGAGAAUACGGGAGAAGUAUGGACGUCGAAGAUGUUCGACCGAGAAGAGAGGAAAGAAUACUCCUUCACCGUCAUGGCCAUGGACAUCGGAGGCCGCACGGGGUUCACGACGCUCCACAUCACAGUCGACGACGAAAACGACAACAAUCCUGUAUUUAAGCAGUCUGAUUACAAGGCCAUUGUCAGGUCCAACACCACUGCUGGCACUGUUGUGUUGACGUCCAAGGCAUGGUUCAAGAUACUCCCAUAUGGAACCCGCAUAGGCGACGUGGCAGCCCGGUACGAUGGCGAACUGCAGUAUGUGGUUGACUGGGGCGGCCACGAGGUUUCCCCCCCGGUCUCUGUGUCUCCCAGUGGCACUCUGACCCUCACGGCACUCCUCGACCACGAAGAAACACAGCGUUUGUCCCUCAUAGUCACGGCCGUGCCCAUCGCUGAGCCAGAACUCGCAGCUAGCACCACCGUCGAGAUCGAGGUCCAAGACGUGAAUGACGAGGCACCAACGUUCGAGAGCGAGACCUAUUACGUGUCUGUUGCUGAGAACACUCCCUCUGGCUCGAACGUUGUCAAAGUAUUCGCCAAAGAUGAGGACACCGGGAGUAACUCCGAGGUUCGCUACACCUUGGAGGAACAGACGCCCCUACUGGAGGAGCCUCUCUUCACCCUCGACCCUUACUCGGGCUGGCUCUCCCUCAACCAAGAGCUCGACGCUGAGACCAAGUCCAAAUAUGAGCUCAAGGUAAUUGCCAAGGAUAACGGGAGUCCUCAGCGCAGUUCAACGGCGACCAUAAUGAUUGACGUCAUAGAUUAUAACGACAAUCCUCCCCAGUUUGUGAAAGAAGAAUAUCGGUCAGCAGUGCGCGAGGAUGCUCUGCCAGGCACCGUGGUCGUGCAGCUCGAGGUGCAGGACUACGACCUGGGUGGAGGGGCGCUGGACGGGGAGGUGGACCAGGGCAUCAUCUACUACCUCACCGCCGGCAACGCCCUCCAGCACUUCCACGUCAGGAGCGGCGGCCAGAUCUACGUGGCCAAGAAGCUAGAUCGGGAAGUGGUCGACCAGUACGCCCUGGAGGUGACCGCUACCGACGGGGUGUUCGUCGCUAAAGCCUGGGUCUUCAUCGAGAUUCUGGACGUCAAUGACAAUGGUCCCAUGUGCACGACGCCCCUGUACCGCCACACCAUCAGCGAGGCAGCUCUCCCCGGCACCUACCUGCUGAGAGUGACCGCCACAGACAAGGACCUCACAUCCCAACCCCAGUUCUACGUCACGGGGCAGGGGGCGGGAAGCUUCACCAUGGACCAGGAGACGGGGCAGUUGACAGUUUCGAAACAGCUGGACAGGGAAACGCAGUCCCAGUUCUCCUUGAAGGCUAUAGUUAAGGAUGGCAACAACGAGGAGUGGCAGUGCACGUGUCAGGUGGAGAUUGAGAUAACGGAUGUGAAUGACAAUGCUCCCGUGUUCAGUAUGCCAAGUUACAGUAUUAACGUACCUGAAAAUUCCCCUGAGAACCUGCUCUUGUUGAAGAUCCACGCAGCGGAUCCUGAUAAAGGAAUGAACAGGAAAGUGACCUACGGCUUAGAGGGGAACGAUAUAUUUUUGAUGGAUCGCCAGACAGGAAUCUUGAGCGUAACCCAGAGCUUAGACAGAGAAAAACAGGCGAUGUACAACCUCACUGUCAUUGCCAAGGACCACGGUACACCACAGCUGUCCUCCAGAACAAACAUCCUUGUGCUAGUUUCAGAUAUGAAUGACAAUCCCCCAGAGUUUGCAAGUCACACAUACUACACAACAGUGACGGAGAGUGCAAGUAUAGGCUCUGAUAUCGUCAGAGUCUUGGCCACGUCACGUGAUUCGGGAAAGAACGCAGAAAUAACUUACUCUAUCAUUGGUGGCAACGAACACCGCAAGUUCGCCAUCAACCCCAAGACAGGCGUUGUAUCAGUGCUGGACCCUCUAGACUACGAGCGAGCCCACAACUACCAGCUAACUGUUCAGGCUACAGACGGCGGAGAACCCCCUCUGUCCAACCAUGCUACUGUCAACGUCACCAUCACAGACAUCAAUGACAAUGCGCCCAUAUUCCUCCAGAACUCUUACUCUGCCAUAGUCAACGAGGCUGCUCUGAAUCGAGAGAGACUCAUCCAGGUCAUAGCAACAGACUUGGACAGUGAAGCCAAUGGCAAGAUUAGCUAUGCCAUAGCCAACGGAGACCCCAAGAAGCAAUUCCAGAUCGACCCUCAGUCGGGGCAUGUCUCUGUAGCUGGACCACUCGACAGGGAGACUGUCUCAUCCUACAAUUUAGAGGUGAUUGCCCUGGACCAUGGCAUUCCUCAGCGGUCCGGGUCGGUCAUGCUGAACAUCGAGGUCAGCGACGCCAAUGACAAUCCUCCUGUGUUUGUCGAGACCAACCAUACUGCUUAUGUUCAGGAGGACAAGCCAGUCAACCAUCUGGUCUUCAAGUUCGACAUCAUUGACAAUGACGACGAAGCCUCUGGCAAUGGUAGGCCAUUUACCUUUGAGAUUCGGAAUGGGAAUGAAAACAACGAAUUCCGAAUGACUCAGGAUGGACACCUGCGAACCGCUACGAAGUUCAACCACAUGGUCAAGGCAGAUUACCAUUUGCUCAUAAGGGUGUAUGAUAAUGGGCGUCCCCCACUCUUUGCUGAGACAUGGAUUGACGUCAAGAUCAUUGAAGAGUCUCGCUACCCUCCGAUGGUGCUCCCUCUCUACGUGACAGUAUUUGUACACACAGGAGACUACUUCGGUGGUGUCCUUGGCAAAAUCAAAGCUGCAGAUGAGGACCCAUAUGACACACUCACGUAUUCUGUUAUCUCCAGCCACAACGGAGGAACCUCUAGGUACUUCUCCAUUGACCCCCGUGAUGGCACUCUGUCCUCUGUGGGUGGUUUGGAUGAGGGAUCCUACACCGUCAACAUUUCAGUAACAGAUGGAAAGUUCACAACCAUUGGUCAAGCAGAGACUGAUGUUAUCAAUAUUAGUGAUGAAAUGGUAGAGAAUGCUGUCAUUGUGCAGCUGGGAGGGGCAACUGCAGAGGAGUUCCUUCUGUCCUACAAACGCAGUUUUCACAGAGGGAUCAAGAAUCUUAUGAAUGUGAAGUCCAGAGACGUGAUCAUCCUCAGUCUCCAAAACAGCCACUCAAGAACAAGACGAGAUGGCAAGAAGAAAGUGGAUAAAGGAAAAUAUGGAACUGAAGCUGAUCUUGAUGUCUUAUUUGCUGUGAGGAAGAAUGGAGGUGCUUUCUACCCAAGGAGCCUGGUUCGUAAAAAGGUUGCCUCUGGUCAGCAGACACUGGAAUCGGUGCUUGGACUGCAGGUGAUAGGUGUCGUGGAAGACGAGUGCACAGAUGAUACCUGCGAGAACGGUGAGUGCAGAGAACAAGUGGUGCUGGAUGACAGUCAGGUUGCCAUUGUAACAGAUACUAAGAGCUAUGUAUCUCUGCACCACCGCCAUGAAUCCAAGUGUGUCUGCCCCAUUGGCUUCUCGGGUGUCCGCUGUGAGAUUGUCAUCAACGAGUGUGCACACAACCCAUGCCCCUCGUUCAAGAUAUGUGAACCAGAUAGUUCAAGACUUGGAUAUAUAUGUGUUUGUCCAGAAGGUUUGGUCGGGGCCACGUGCAGCUUGAACAAGACCAGCUGCAUAGGGAGAGACACCAACCCAGAAUGUUACUCUCCUGUGUCCCCCUUGUCAUUCCGAGGCAAAAGCUACACGCAGUACUCCCUCAGGAACCCGAUUGAGCGACACUUCUCCUUCUCACUCUGGUUCCGCACACUGCAUCCAUCUGGGAAUUUGAUGUUCACCGCUGGAAGAAUUGAUUAUAGCAUCCUGGAGCUUGAGGAAGGAGAAGUCAGGUACAGAUGGGACUUGGGAAGUGGGGAAGGCCUUGUGACUGUGUCGUCUGUUCGUGUGGAUGACGGGCAGUGGCACCACGUAGGUCUGGAGAGAUUUGGCAACAGAGCUGAAGUGACAGUUGAUGGCCAGUUCAGGGAGCAAGGAGACUCCCCUGGUUCAUCCGACCUUCUCAACCUUGAAACCCCACACCUGUACCUUGGAGCAGAAGUGAGACCGUGGGCAGGAGCUCAGGACCCACGGCAAGGGAUGGUUGGCUGCAUAGAUGACCCAAGAGUGGAUGAUACCCCCUUACCUCUGACUCAUCAGGCAACCACAAAGGUGGCACUUCUCACCCGCCUGGCCCAUGUGGUGCAGCACUGCCAGUCAGAAUUACAGCCUCCAGGUGUUUGUGGUGCUCAUCCCUGUCUCAAUGGGGGCACCUGUGAGGAACGCGGUGCAUCCUUCAUCUGCCAGUGCCAUCCUCGUUUCCUCGGGUCACGUUGCGAGCUGGACUCCAAUCCUUGUGCUUCCUCACCUUGUUUAAACAAUGGCCACUGCGUCAACAUUGAAAACACUUACAGAUGUGAAUGUCCAGCUCGUGUGUCAGGCCCUCGCUGCCAGUACAUGUAUUGCAAUCCUAAUCCUUGUCUGAACAGAGGAACGUGUGAGGAGGGUAUUUCUGGCCCAAUAUGCAAGUGCCGUGGGUUCACAGGAGCCUACUGUAAUAUCGACAUCAAUGAAUGUGCCAAGAACCCUUGUCUGAAUGGCGGCAGUUGCAUCAACACAUAUGGGAGCUUCCGAUGCAUGUGUCCAGGAAACGCUACAGGGACUUACUGUGAUGCUGUCAGAGGAACACUGAUUGAUAUUGGAAUGGAAGAGAUCAUCUAUAUAGUCAUUGGCAUAGUAUCAGUCAUCAUUCUUGGCCUGAUCAUUGUCUUGGCAAUGCACUGCCGAGAGAGAAGAGCUGCUCGCCGAAGACAGUUGAUAGAGCAGACAAACCACGUUAUCCUGAAACCAAAAAAUACAGACAAUCAUAACAUCUACAAGAGAAAUUCUAAGAUGAGCAAUCUGGAAGCCUCACAGAAUCCGCACGGUUGCACGCCUCGCCCCGACUCCUACCCCACUAGUCCUAGUGAACCUGCGUACAUGCCGCUAAACAACUUUGACACCAUCCGUAGCUACGGCUCAGCUGGGGAUGAGCUAGAGAACCUUCCACAGUACUCCCGGGACUUUGUUCAAAACAUAUCCAAGCCCAACAGCCUCCACCAUCACCACCACCUCCACACCCCCCAGAUUAAUCCUCUUGGGACCCCCCGGGGCUCCACCCUGGGCUCCACCAUGGGCUCCACCCUGGGGUCACCGGGAUCCACUUUGGCAGCAGAUACAGACAGUUUGCAUAAACCGUGGAAGGAUGCACUUGCACAUAAUCUGAAGGACACCUACUAUGAGAAUAACAAGAUCCAAAAUGAUGUAAAGUUCCGUCAGGGUGAGUACAUGAGCCUCAAGAAACUAAGUGUAGAUGGCAGCACCAGGGAUGAUGCUAGUGUGCGGUCUGGGGCCUCAAUGGACGAUCUGCCAGGCUACCAUUGGGAUUGCUCGGAUUGGGCGCGACCCUCCCAGAACCCACUUCCCAACAUCAUGGAAGUUCCCGGAGGAGAAGUGAGAGAUUCCUCCUCAUACCAUUCCAAUGAGUCUAACGAGUCUAUAGUAGUGAAGCCAGCAGAAAAUCAGCCUUUGAUGCCCCCAGUGGAGGGCCCAGUAGACCCUGGUAGAGACAUGGAGACCUUGCCGGCAGAUGAGCUUGUAAGUGAGUGUGGUACUGAAUUCGAGCUUGAGUCCCGACCUGACCUAGAUACCUCACAGUUGCUCGACCCCAAUUCUGACGCAGGGGCCGAGUCUGACACCUCACUCUUCAUUCCCCAACCUCAAAGAUAUGAAACUCACCCAAACCAGUAUCUCCCACGUUACCAAGUGGGAAGUGAAACAGAAACAGAUGACGAGAGGGGGAAGUUGCUGAACACACUUGAUGAUCCCUACAGUGUAGUCUACAGGCCUCCACCAAUCAACCAUCUCCCAGAAGACCGCGAUGGUGCCACAUACUCUCCUUACAGAAUUCGGAGCAAUCGCAGGCAUGACACCGUUAAACGAUUUAGUGAAUUUGGAGCAGAUAUAUCCGUGAUUUCUGGCAUGGAAGACGAAGAGGAAGGAGCCUCCUUGUGGGGUGGUGCAGCAUCCAAUACAUCUGCAUCUGACCUGGACAAUGUCUGUGAUAUUGAGGACUCAGAAGUCAACUCGGAGUUUGAGAAUGACGACAAAAUUAAGAAAUAGGUUUGAUGGAUUGCUAGAUUAAAAAACAAAACUCUAAAGAAAAAAAUAAUCCAAGUGAAAGCGCACAAAUAGUUUAAACCAAGGAAAGGUGUAUAGUUGUGUCUAAAAAGAACUUUUAGGAAAAUGACUGGAAAAUGGAAAAGAAAAGGAUAUUUUAGGACAAUGGUAUUCUCAUUAGUGUCUGUGGAAAUGUGUAAAGUGGAUUCUUUUGUGAAUUACAGCUGCCAUUUCUUAGUGCCUGUAAGCUGACUAAGGUUACAUAGGGAUUCCUUUUAAGUGUUAUGUAUAUCUUCCAGUGUGCCUAAAAUCCAAGGUUUUCAAUGAUUCACAAGAGGACAUAGAAAAAGGUUCCAGAUAUUUUCUGAAGUGAACCUGAAUUUUGAUUUCCUUGGGCAAAGUGCCAAUUUCUAUCAAAGUUUCCAAAAGAGAAAAUCUAGACAAGUGUGUGGUAUAGAUGCAUUAUACUUUAGUCAAUAGCACUGGAGAUGAUAGAAGUUUGUCUGCGAACAAGUGACAAGAUGUCUCCCUUGAUUAUUUAGAUUCUCAAGGCUAUUGGUGCUACUCUGAACUGCGCGACUCAUGCCAGCAGAUGGAUCAGUCUGCUAGUACUUAGAAGUCGCCUGUGUAAAACAGUGACUGUAAAUAAGUACUGUAAAUAAAAAAAAAAAAGUGGUCAUUGUAAAUAAUUUCCAAAAUGUGUUCCACAGAAUGUUUAUAUUUUUUCCAGUGUGAACUGACAGGGUUAGAUUCUUCAGGUAAGGUGUCAAGCUGCCUGUGAAGAUUCUUGGUAACUAACCAGUCACAGAUUGGGCUGAAUGACUGACUAGUCCAUGUUAGAAAUAGGAAAUAUGUAAUGCAUUUUUUGCAUUUUAUUGUAUCAUUAUUGGUACUACAUUUUGGUAUUUUAGAUUCAUUUAUAUGUUUCAUUUUAUCUCUGACUCCUUAUUUCAUUAUUCAUAGGACGAUAGAUUAAAAUAUGAUUUGUGUUUACACAAAGUCGUUGGAGAUUUCUCUUUUCUUACUGUGACGUAUGUGAAAUGUUUAGAAACUAUUGAUUGUAUUUAUUUUAAUAGAACUGAUUGCAUUUAAAAUGGAAGACUUCCCUCCUGUUUAAGGUGGCAGUUUCUUGUGUCCUUAAGUGUCCUUGUGCAAAGAGCAUAGGAGAGAGUUGGUGUCGUGGCCAGGCAGUGCAGGAUGCCCAUCUUGCCGUAGUGGGCUUUGUCCUGUAGUUGCCAUGACGACCUGGAAUGAUGCUUGUUGCUAAACUUGAUUAACAUGAAUUGAGCAGCUUUUAUAUAUAUACAUAUAAAUAUAUAUAUAAACUUUUAAAAAUAUUACUUCAGUAAUUUUUAUGUAUUUUAUUGACAAUGAUAUAUUAAUUAAUCCAAUCAAGCAUAGACAAUUCUCCAAAACUGCUUCCCAAAACAGGCUUCCUACAUAACCAAGGAACGUUUUUGUAAACAUAAUUGAAUAUUCAAAUUGCAUUACCUGUACGUUGGAACUGGAGAUGUAAGUUCACCUAUUUCAUUUACUCGGUUUGACAUGUGACAUGAUCAGUAAAACAAGUUAAUUUUUUUAAAUGUUAUCCAUAUUAAUCUUUCUUUUUUUCUGGAACUAACAAAGAAAUCCCUGUUUAUAAUAUUGAAGGACUGAUUACUGACCAUGUCAUGAAUAUUGUGCUUUGCAAUCUUACCAGCUGUCAUAUCCUCUGUACCAUUCCGUUCCUGAUAGGUUAUUGUACUAACCGAAGUACUUGUGAUAAUAGCUAUACUCUGUAGAGGAGGGAUUCAUAUUUUUAAUGUGAACUAAUACAGGAGUAACGGUUAUAUUAAAACAGUUUUAUGAAUAAUUGUAUGGUUGCUUUUGCAGCUAUUGUUUUAUACAGAUUUUGUAAAUAAACUUGUAAUAACUUG